AUGUCGACAAUUUACAGUAUAAAAGGUUUCAAAUGUUUUCAUUGUGUAGUAACAGCAUAUCAAUUCUCAUUUUCUAAUAUAGAAAAUGAUCCUUUCAAGCAAAUAACUAGUAAAACUUUUCAAUUGAAACACGUUUUUCAUCAUGGUGUUGAUACUGUCGCAGACAAUUUAUUCAUUCGUUUAGACAUUGAUGAAAAUAAAAAUUGGGUUUCUACUUAUAUUAUUGAUGUUAUUGAAGCUUCAAUGUUGCAUUUUAAAGAAAUUUUCAUGUCACUUUUAAAUAAGAAAACUAAAAGUUUGCCAAACCCAAAAGAUAAAAAAAUAAUUCUUGGCUUAGCAAAAAUGUCAUAUGAUGCAUAUAUUGAUUUAGACGAAACAGACCAAUGGGUAAUUUUGAGUGGAAGUUGGGAUAAACUACCAUUUGGAUGGAAAGAUAACGGAAUUAGAGGUUAUGUUUAUGCAGAUGAAUCAAAUUCAACAGUUAUUAUUGGUAUAAAAGGAACUAGUAUAAAUUGGAUUAACGGAGAUGCGCCAACAGCAGGAAAUGAUAAAUAUAUUGAUAAUUUGAUGUUUUCAUGUUGUUGUGCAAAAGUUGAUUUUCUUUGGAAUGGUGUUUGUGGCUGCCAUAUCGAAGGACAACAAUGUAAUUCAACAUGUAUAAGUAGCGAAGUUUAUCAAAAGAAUACUUAUUAUAGUAAUGCUUUGAGAAUUUAUGAAGAAACCCAAAAAAAUUAUCCUAAUUCAACAAUAUGGUUGACUGGUGGAUCACUUGCUUCACUAGUUGCGCUUAAAUAUAAAGUUCCUGCUGUAACAUUUCAAGCUCCUGGUGAUUUAUUAUAUGCUAAGCGUUUAGGUUUAGAUACAACUGAUUCAUAUAAAUUACCGAUAUACCAUUUUGGUCACACAGGGGACCCUGUAUUUAUGGGCGAAUGUAAUGGAUUAGCUUCUACAUGUUAUCAUUUUGGAUAUGCUAUGGAGACAAAAUGUCAUACAGGAAAUACUUGUUCAUAUGAUACAAUUUCUAAAUUUGGAUGGAGAUCAGAAAUCAAGAAUCAUUCAUUACUUUUAUUCAUUAAAAAUAUAGACAUUUCUACAAUAUUUUUAACUGAUAAAGGUCACAAUUCCCCAUGA